AUGGCUAAGUCGAAAUAUGAAUAUGUGAAGCAAUUUGAAUCCCAUGAUACACUUUUGCCCCAGUGUUAUAUAGUGGUGCGUAUUGAUGGAAAGAAAUUUCAUGAAUUUUCCAAGUAUUACGAUUUCAAGAAGCCCAACGAUGAGCGUGCUUUGAAGCUGAUGAACGCAUGUGCUAAAAAUGUUGUACUCCAGUAUAGGCAUGAAAUGAUUCUGGCGUAUGGCGAGAGCGACGAAUAUUCAUUUGUAUUGAAGAAAGACACGGAGUUGUACAAACGGAGAAGGGACAAACUAUCGACUUUGAUUGUUUCCUUGUUCACUUCGAACUACGUAGCGUUGUGGUCUAAAUUCUUUCCCGGCACAAAUUUGCAUCCAAAGCAUUUGCCUUUCUUUGAUUCUAGGUGUGUGAUUUAUCCAAAUUUAGAAACCAUAAGAGACUAUGUAACUUGGAGAUAUGUCGACACCCACAUAAAUAACUUAUACAAUACCGCCUUUUGGCAAUUGAUACAAAAAUGUGGCAUGAAUCCUCAGGAAGCAGAAAAAAGGCUGUCUGGAACAGUUAGUAGUGAAAAGAAUGAGAUACUAUUUAAAGAAUGUGGGAUUAAUUAUAAUAAUGAACCGGAAAUGUACAAAAAGGGAUCGCUUAUAACCAACAAAGGAGAGAUAUUACAUAUUAAUGUCAUUGAUAGCUUGGACUCUCUUUUUGAAGGCUACUAA